AUGACUGAUGGACCAAACAGAGGCACAUCCGGCAGCGACGAGAAGCUCUCGGCGACCAAGAUCCAACCACUCGACUCGGCCGUCAAGGAGCACCAGCCGCACGACCAAUCCUCGCGCGGCGCCGCGGGCACAGACCGCAGCAUCGACCAGAGCCGGAUCGAUCCCCUGGGCGGAGCCGGCCAGUACCAACACACAGCACCGCACGCGGACUCGCAGGGCGCGGUGGGCAGGGACGCGACCAUCCAGGGAACAAAGCUCGAACCUCUCCAAGGAGGCAAGGGGUCCAGCAGCGACAAGAACCCAGGGCUGGACGACGAGGUCGUGGAUGGCGCUCGGAUCAACCCUGUGGGGAGUGUCAGGGAGGAGCAGCUCUAG